CCGAGGUUCGGCUGACACGAGCUCAGCGCGCCGCUUACACCUCUGGUGCAUGCGUUCAUCGCGUUAUUAAUGCGUUAUUAAUGCGUUAUUGAGUUAAGCCGCUAUACAUGGAGCUCUUAUGAGGGCGCAAAGCAUGGAAACAUCCGAGGCGUGCGAUCCCUACAGCCGACCAGCGCGCCGGACGCAGUGGAUAGUGAGCACCCUGGCGUACCAUUACGGGCUGGAUCGCGGCGUCGAAAAUGAAAUCAUCGUGCUUGCCACCGGGUUGGAUCAGUACUUGCAGGAGAUCUUUCACCACCUGGACUGCCAAGGGGAAGGCAGAAUUCCCGCCGAGGAUUUUAUAAUCCUCUGUGAUAUUCUGGGGCUGAGUAAAGAGUCUGAGGUGGAGGAGUGUGUGGGAAUGCUGGACAGUAUACCCAGCGAGCUCACCUUCAGGCAGUUCCACGCCAAACUUUGCGGAUAUUUCAGCACCAAAGCUGGGCGCCCUUACGAGAACGGCAGGCUGCUUGUCGGGAGAGACAGCGAGCACAUCGAGACGCAGAUCCGUCUCCGCAGCCCUCUGAGGCGGCGAGAGAAGCUGCUCACCUUGGCUGCCGGCAGGCGUAUCCGCGGGUGCGCGCCCGCCGCGGAUCGACUCGGCUCGGGGUGCAAGCAAGGCGCGUGCACCCGGGAGUGCUACGAGGAAAUCGUCGCGCUGGAGGAGGCCGAGGACAGGAUUGGCAAACUAGAGGAAGAAAACGCAAGUCUUAGAGAGCUCGUGGAAGAUAUGCGCGCUGCUCUUCAGAGUAGUGACGCUCGGUCUUUGGCCUUACAGGUUGGCCUGUGGAAGAGCCACUCCAAGCGCAGGCCAGACAGCGGCUGUUUCACCGCCCGUCACGCGCAAGCAGUGCAGAGGUCCGGCGCACCGGACGGCACAAGGAGCCUCCGGGGUCUCCUGCGGGAGCUGGAGCUCGCUCAGAACGCCCGUGCCGGACAGGUGGAGGCGGUCGUCCUCCUCAACCGCAAGCUGGAGCAGGAGCUGCACGCGUCGCGGGAGACGGUGCUCGUGCUGGAGGAGUGCAACAGGACCCUGAGGACAGAGCAGGUGGGGAUGAGGAGAAAGGCGGAGGAGGCCAGGGAGGCGUUGCGCAGUGGCCUGGCUAAGGUGAAGGAGUUGGAGGCCAAAGCCAGACGUGUGCCUGCCCUGCAGAAACAUCUGCAGCAGAUAGAGAUGGAGCUCCUGUACUACAGGACGGAGGGCUCCAGAGCUCCAGAGGUGUUCAGGGAGGACAGCCACUGUAGCAGGGACGGCCGAGACACGCAGCAAGACCGCGGCUCGCCGACAGGCCGCGCGGAGAUCGCCCACGACAACAUGGAGGAGCAGCUCCUGCGCUCCGUGGAGGGCCAGGCCGCAUCCGAUGAAGAAGGAGAUCAGUGGAGCAGAGAACAGCAGCAGCAGGUGGACGAGGUGAAACGGAUCCUCACACGGCUCUCCUGCUGUGGAGACAGGUGUGAUGAGACAGCGCUGAAGAGACUGCCCUCUCCGUGCGUAGGCUCAAGGGCGGAGGAGGGCUACAUCGCCGUCCUGGAGCUCCUGGACCGUGUGACGCGCCUCCACAAACAGCUGGAGCUCAGAGAGAGCCAGACCAGGAGAGCUGAGCCCCAACUUCACCCUGAGCAGAUAAAUGAUUCCUUGGUGCAGGAGCUCCAGCACAAGGCAGAGGAGACAGAACUUCUCCAGCGGGAGCUGCAGAUGUUGGAGACGGAGCGGGUGCGACUCUCACUUGUGGAGGACAAGCUCAUGGAUAUUCUGCAGCUUCUGCAGCAGCUCAGAGACCUGAACGUGUCACGGCGCUCACUGGGAAAGAUUCUUAUGAGCACACUGGAGACCUGCAGUGACCCCCAACAUGGGAAGGCUCAUAUUCUGGAGGUGUUGAAUGCUCUUUGCCAUGAGCUGGCUGCGUGCGAGAUCCUCUCCAGUAGUGCCACGCCAGAGAGAGCACAGAGUCACCAGUCUGUCUCUAGCUCGCUCUUCAUCUCCUGUUGAGUAUCACUGCCCCCCUACUGGCUAAAGGACACCAAGGACUUUUGUUUUUUGCUGGGUUCUUUGCAGAGAUGCACCAUGCUGCAUUAGGAUCAGAGCUACUGCUUUCCAGUGCUCCUUCCACCCCGACGAGCACUCGGCCAGUGGAGUUUGUAGGCGGCUGUUUAUAUUUCUGUCUAUUCUGUCUUUCUUCCUGUUGUCCAUGAAGAAAUUAGGAAGAUGUUUCUUGAAGUGUGACUGUAACUGUUAACUGUAAGACAGCUAGGACUAACCGGUAGGGAGCUUGUUUAUUGGACAGUCUUAGUCUGGUUUCAAGUAUGCAGUGAGAAGUUUAAAUCUAGAUAAAGCUAGUUUCUCGGUCACUUUGCACAGAAUUCACCGCAAUGGAUGAAUCAGUACCAUAUGCAUGCUGCCGUUCUGAGAGCAAAGGUCGUCAGAAACCUCAGGUGAGUCAGUGUGCAGUUCAGAGUCGGUCAUACUAUUUAUCAUAAUAGAGUCGAAUGCUAUUUACAGAGGUGAUGUGACCUAUUGAUCCUUAACAUACACUUGUGAUCACUUUAUGGGGUAAACCUACUCUUGAGCUGUACCUAUAGGCUACCAAUACGUUUUCAGUCACUUCUAUGUACUGAGAAACUAGCAGAAUUGUCUUAUUCCCUUCACAACUGUGAUGUGGUGGCACCAUCCAGUGGCUACUUACAUGAAUUUUAAAAACAGGACAAGUGCUUUUUAGAUAUUCUCUGUAUGUGUAUAUAUAAAUGCAUAUAUCAGUUUGUGCUGUGUGCAUAAACCAUAUAAAUGUAUAUUAAAAGCAUCUACACUCCACCUGCCUGUGCUUAAACCCAGGCCCCCCCUGAAAGGAGACAGGGAAGGUUGAUACUGCUCACAGAUUACAACACUACAGUCAGUCAGUUAACAUCAGAGUAUAAGAGUGGAUUACAUUUUACAAUGGGCUGUAAAACUGGGAAACAUUUUGCAGAUUUUUUUGUAAAAUUGGCAGAGUUGGGUUUAAUGAAGUCGCACACAUGUCUAAGCAGUAUUGAGGUGAAGGACAGAAUCAAAGUGAAAACCACCAAGGUCGGGCAUGUCAAAACAUGCCUUUGCAUCAUGUUUAAGCUACUGCAGUUUUGUCAUUUAGCUUUCA